CCCACCGCGCAUGCGCGCCGCCACUGCCCCCGGCCACGAGGUUCCGGCGUCCCCCAGCGCGGGAAAGGGGGUUCGAAUCGGCAGAGGCCUGGCCUUCGACUCCUGGGACCUGGAUUUCUACACUGAGCUCUUCAAGAGAUUCGGGCGCAACCCGACCAGCGUGGAGUGCUUCGACCUGGCCCAGUCCAACAGGGUUGGCCCUGUUCAGCGGUGCCAAGACAGGGACGGGCAGGCGGAUCCUGGAUGUGCAGUGCACAGGGCAUGGGGCCCACGUCAUCACCGGCACGGAAACUUGCCAUUUCAGCUUCGGAAACCUGCACAUCCCUGGACCCAGCAAUGAUGGUGCUGCACUACUACCAGCGCCCCGGGGCGGAGAGCGUGCCUGUCUCCCUGCUGCGCUCGGCCCAGGCGGUGCUGGGGGGCGUCUGCGCCCUGCACAGGGAGCUGUGCUAUAACGUCAGCUGGACAGGCGCGUUGCCCCCCAACCCCCAGGAGACCCAGCUGCUGCACUGGCUCUUCGGCUGCCCUUUGGAAUCCGGAGACGUUGCCACAGAGUCCUUCCUGCGCCCAGCGCCCACCGACCUGCUGAUAGAGAUCGGGCCACGGCUGAACUUCUCCACGGCGUUCUCCACCAACGUGGUGUCCGUGUGCCGGGCCGCGGGGCUGGGCUGCGUUGACCGUGUUGAGCGCUCCCAUCGCUACCUGCUGCAGUGUGCCGAGCGCCCCACGCCCCCCGAGGAGGACGCCUUGGUGGCGGUGCUCAGUGACCGGAUGACGGAGCAACGCUACAAGGAACCAAUCCGCAGCUUCACCGUGGCCGCCUGCCCUGCCCCCACCUGGGAUGUGGAUGUGCUGGCGGGGGGGCGCACUGCGCUGGAGAGAGCCAGCCAGGAGCUGGGCCUGGCCUUCGACUCCUGGGACCUGGAUUUCUACACUGAGCUCUUCAAGAGAUUCGGGCGCAACCCGACCUGUGUGGAGUGCUUCGACCUGGCCCAGUCCAACAGUGAGCACAGCCGACACUGGUUCUUCAAAGGGCGCCUCCUGGUGGAUGGGAAGGAGAUCGGGGAGUCGCUGUUCGAGUCCAUCAUGCGGACCCAGGAGAGCAGCAACCCCAACAACGUCAUCAAGUUCUCGGACAACAGCAGUGCUAUCCAGGGCAGGGCCGUCUGUUCCCUGUGGCCCCGCGACCCAUCCCGCCCCAGCCGCUUUGAGAAGAGAACGUCGACCCGGCACGUCAUCUUCACUGCAGAGACCCACAACUUCCCCACGGGGGUGGCCCCAUUCAGCGGCGCCACAACGGGAACAGGCGGGCGGAUCCGGGACGUGCAGUGCACGGGGCGUGGGGCCCACGUCAUCGCCGGCACGGCUGGGUACAGCUUCGGAAACCUGCACAUCCCUGGCUACCCUCUGCCCUGGGAGGACCCGGCAUUGCCCUACCCCCAGAACUACGCCCACCCCCUGCAGGUGGCCAUCAGGGCCAGCGAUGGCGCCUCUGACUACGGCAAUAAGUUUGGGGAACCUGUCCUGGCUGGGUUCGCCCGUUCCUUCGGCCAGCAGCUCCCCAACGGGCAGCGCCGCGAAUGGAUCAAGCCCAUCAUGUUCAGCGGGGGGAUUGGCGCCAUGGAGGACAUUCACAUGCGCAAGGAGCCCCCCAAGCCUGGGAUGCUGGUGGUGAAAGUGGGGGGCCCCGUGUACCGGAUCGGAGUCGGGGGGAGCUCAGCCUCCUCCAUCCAGGUGCAGGGGGACAACGCCAGCCAGCUGGAUUUCGGGGCGGUGCAGCGGGGGGACCCCGAGAUGGAGCAGAAGAUGAACCGGGUGCUGCGGGGCUGCGUGGAGAGAGGGAAGGCCAACCCCAUCUGCAGCCUCCACGACCAGGGGGCCGGAGGCAAUGGGAAUGUGCUGAAGGAGCUGAGUGACCCAGCCGGGGCCGUGAUCUACGCCAGCCGCUUCCAGCUGGGGGACCCCACGCUGAGCGUGAUGGAGAUCUGGGGGGCCGAGUACCAGGAGUCCAACGCCCUCCUGCUGCGCCCCACCGACGUCGCGCUGCUGCAGCGCCUGGGCCAGCGCGAACGCUGCCCCGUGGACGUCGUGGGCACCAUCACCGGGGACGGACGGAUUGUGCUGGUGGACGACCUGGAGGCCCCGGUGACGGAUGUGGUGCCGGUGAAGCCCAGUGGGAAGAAGAGGCCGAUCGAUCUGCAGCUGGAGGACGUGCUGGGCAAGAUGCCACAAAAGGAAUUUGUCUUGUCCCGCCACAGCCCAGCCCUCCGCCGCCUGUGCCUGCCCCCUGGGCUGAGUGUGGAGGACGCCCUGGAGCGGGUCCUGCGGCUGCCGGCCGUGGCCAGCAAACGCUACCUGACCAAUAAGGUGGACCGGUCGGUGACGGGGCUGGUGGCCCAGCAGCAGUGCGUGGGGCCCCUGCACACACCCCUGGCCGACGUGGCCGUGGUGGCUCUGUCCCCCUUCGAGACGGUGGGGGCGGCCACGGCCCUCGGGGAGCAGCCGCUCAAGGGACUGAUCGACCCGGGCGCGGGGGCCCGGCUGGCCGUGGGCGAGGCGCUCACCAACCUGGUCUUCGCCCGCGUCACCGAUCUGCGGGACGUGAAGUGCAGUGGGAACUGGAUGUGGGCGGCCAAGCAGGCGGGCGAGGGCGCGGCGCUGGUGGAUGCCUGUGGGGCCAUGUGCGAAGUCAUGGCCCAGCUGGGGGUGGCCGUGGACGGGGGCAAGGACUCGCUCAGCAUGGCGGCCCGCGUGGGCACGGACAUCGUCAUGGCGCCCGGGACAUUGGUUGUCUCAGCCUAUGCCGUGUGUCCGGACAUCACGGCCACCGUCACACCCGACCUCAAGUGCCCCGAUGGCAAAGGGGCCCUACUGUACGUGGAGCUGUGCCCGGAGCGGCACCGGCUGGGAGGCAGUGCCCUGGCGCAGUGCUACUCCCAGCUGGGGGAUUGCUGCCCAGACCUGGAGAACGCGGACACCCUGGCAGCCUGCUUCCGCCUCACCCAGCAAUUGCUGCAAGAGUCGGUGGUGAGCGCUGGGCAUGAUGUGAGCGAUGGGGGGCUGGUGACCUGCCUGCUGGAGAUGGCCUUUGCCGGGAACUGUGGGCUGCAGGCCGAGCUGGUGGCACCCGGGGCCAGCGCCCUAGAGGUGCUGUUUGCCGAGGAGCUGGGCCUGGUGCUGGAGGUGCCCUGCGCUGUAGCAGGAGACGUCUGCAGACGGUACGAGGAGGCUAGAGUGCGGUGCCUGCCCAUCGGGCACACUGGACCCCUGGGCCCCCAGUCCCUGGUGCGGCUGCGGGUGAACGGGCAGGAGGAGCUGGCGCGGCCCGUGGGUGAGCUGCGCGCCCUCUGGGAGGCCACGAGUUUCCAGCUGGAGCGGCUGCAAGCAUCGCCUCACUGCGUGGAGCAGGAGGAGAGGGGGCUGGCGCUGCGCCAGGGCCCCACCUUCACCCUGACCUUUGACCCCGAGGUCAAGCCCCUGCUGCUGUGCCAGAUGGCCCAGCCAGGCCCGCGCGUGGCCAUCCUGCGCGAGGAGGGCAGCAACGGGGACCGCGAGAUGGUGGCAGCUUUCGUCAUGGCGGGGUUCCAGGCCUGGGACGUGACCAUGCAGGAUCUUUGCGCAGGGGAGGUGACUCUGGAGUCGUUCCGCGGCCUGGUCUUUGUGGGGGGCUUCAGCUACGCGGACGUCCUGGGGUCUGCCAAAGGCUGGGCAGCUUCAGUGACCUUCAACCCCCGGGCACGGGCCCAGUUCGAGGCGUUUCGCCGGCGGAGGAACACGUUCAGCCUGGGCGUCUGCAACGGCUGCCAGCUGAUGGCGCUGCUGGGCUGGGUGGGGGGCGAGAGCCCCCAGAGCGACCCCACGGGUGGUGCCGUCCGUCCCGGGGUGCUGCUGACCCCCAAUGAUUCGGGCCGUUUCGAGUCGCGGUUCGUGGCGCUCGCCAUCGAGGAGAGCCCGGCAGUGAUGCUGCAGGGCAUGGCUGGCUCCACCCUGGGAAUCUGGGUGGCGCAUGGAGAAGGUCGGAUGCGGUUCCGCUCCCCCGAGGUGGAGGCUGCAGUGACGUCAGGGGGAUUGGCCCCGCUGCGCUACGUGGAUGACCAGGGCCAGCCCACCCAGGAGUACCCCCUGAACCCCAACGGCUCCCCACUGGGCAUCGCCGGACUCUGCUCGCCCGACGGGCGUCACUUGGCCAUGAUGCCCCACCCCGAGCGCUGCGUCCUGCCCUGGCAGUGGGCCUGGAUGCCGCCCGCCUGGCGCCGCACCAUGGAGGUCUCACCCUGGUUGCGCAUGUUCCAGAACGCCUGCGAGUGGUGCCUGCGCCACCCUGAGGGGGAGUCCUGACCGCGGAUCCCAGGCGCCAGCCGGAUCUCAGAUCCAAAGGACCAGCAAUUCCUAUGGAAUUUAAUACCCGGCUCUGACGAGAGACUGAGCACUGCUGCUGCUCGUCCAUUUGUGCAAAGGAAAAACUCGUUUUUAAACUGGACCUCGAUUUUGUUAAACAAGAAGAUUCUUUUCCCCAACAAUCAGUAUUGUCUGUGGCUGCUUGAAGAGGUUUAUUUCACAGUAUCCUGAAGAGUAUAGUGCCACAGGGACCAAUUAUAUACCUUUUUUUAUUACUUCAUUUGGAUAUGUUUUAUACUUAGAGACAAACGUUUCAGAGAGAGAGAGAACAUUUAACAAUUAUGACAGGAGCAGAACACUUUAAUUACAUCAAUUAUCUAUGACUACCCGUAAGACAAAGGGGUGGGCUGUGUGAGUGUUUGCAGGAUUUGUUCUGUUCCAAGAGCCGAGUUACUGGGUGGACAUUUGACCAUGCAGACUAUUAGGUGUUUACGUUUGUUACUGUCCUUGGGCCUCUGGUGUUUCUGUUUCUGACUCAGCUACUAACUAAAUUUGUAACUCUUGCCUAACAGUUCCCUCCUGUUUGACAAAUCGGACUCCUAGAUGAGAUGUAGUCAAUACUUAAAUGCUUUUGCUAUACAUGAUCGGUCUUAGGGUUACCCAGGGGAGGUGGGAGGGUGGUUGGGGGCAGAGGUAGGAAGCAUAAUGAGAUUUUUAAGCAUGUUUUGUUUUGCAAUGUUAAAUAGGUCACGAGCUAGCAGAUCACAAGCACGGCCUUUAGCUUGUGACUUGGCCAGGUUGACUAUAGCAUCUGAGGUUUUUUUUAAAUGAUUUGGUAAAAAUCCUUUAUUGCUACAUUAAUUGCAGUAAGAGCAUAGGAUAAACCUGUGUUAGUAUGUUUAAGGGCUUGGCUGGUUUGGGCUUUUGACCCAAGAAUUGUAUGACCUUUCAGAAUUUAGGUUAAGCAUAUUUAGUAUAGAAUUGGUGCUUUUAAAAAGUCCACCAAUAUCACCUAAGAGGCUAUGUUUUUGUUUUUGGCUGUGCGGGCCUGAAUAACAUAUUGGUGCAUUAAAAACUGUAGCUGGUCCUGGAGCCAUUGCAGGGAGUUGGGGUGGUCUGAGCAUACAUUUUGCAAGAGUGCUGAAAAAUUGGACAAAUCAUAUUUAACCUGAAUAGAGACCAUAAGGGCAUUAUGCAAAAGUGUUUUGAUGGGGCCUACUUGAAUAAUGCCAUCUGGUUGGGUAAGGUACAAUGCCAGACAGGUAGUAGGCAGAGUUAGGUUGUAACAUCGUAUAUUAGUACAAUGUACACAUGGUUAAACGUUUACGCAGUUUUCCUGACAAUAAUGUCCCUCCAUCCCAGGCUCCCAUAGCAGAGGAGGAACAUCUGUUCAUCCCGCAUUUACAGACCCUGUUAGGUUAAUGAAAAGUACCCAACUCUCCCACAAACAUUCACACCUAUACUCUCCCAACCCAUGAGCGGCCUCAAAUGUUGUGAAUUUUGACGGAUCCAUUCGAGGCCCUGGAAAUAGAAUGGUUCGUUUGUUUUAGGGGGGGUAUUGACACUUUUUUUUUUUUUCCCCAAACAUUUUGUGAUUUUUGCAUUUUGAAAUUGGGGGGCCUAUAUGAGUGUGCCCACAUCCCAUGAAUCUAAAUACCCAGGUACAGUUUAGAUCCAGUGAGAUACAGGGAGGGAGCCGAAGACUGCUCCCGGCCUGUGGUAGUCAGAUCGGGCCCUUGGAGCUUGGAUGUUUUUGGAGGUGAGCUGUAACCACGAUAGGUCCCAGGUAAUUCCGUCUGGGGGUAAGCCAAGUGUCUGUUUUUUUUACGCACUUGCCGCUACCUUCUGUAGGGAGUUGCAUAUACUGGCCAGCUUUGAAGCAGGUGUCUCGUGUGACAUUUCCCAAGGAGGCUGCAUCAGGUAUAUUUACCAAGAGGAUUAAUGUGGGUAGCCACAUUUGUUACUCAGGAGGAAACAAAACAAAUUUAUUUAUACAUUUUAAUUUUAGUUUCAUGAACUUACGUUGGGACUCCUUGCACCUUUACAGAGGUAUCCGUAUGGGCCAAUAUCCUGUGCAGACCGGAGUAGUUUGGCUGAAGUACCCCGGGGUUGUAUGUCCUUAUUAUAACCUGAUCUCCUUCCUCUACAUCCGUAGCGGUGUGAUAGUCAAUGGUAAGGCCCCAGGAGCCAUGAAGUUGUUGUUUUUUUUUAACCAGCUAGAUGGGAGAGUUGGUGGGGGAGGAACAGGGAACCAGUAUGCCUUGCUGAAGUAAAGAGUGAAUAAUGUCACCUACCGUGUCCACGGCCUCAGGUUUGAGAGGGUAUUGCUUGGUAGGUGGAGGGAGUUGACUGGUAACCUGGAUGGGUGGGCAGAGAUGAGCAGGCACCAAACUGCAAGACAGCUUAUUCUCUGCCCAAACAGAGGGAACCUGGAACGUAAUUCUUGAAAAGGAUUAGAGGUCUCCCAAAUGAGAGCCAUGGGUUUGACAGUUGGUUGAGAUACCGGUUGGGGCCGGUUGCCCAGGGCUUGGGCAUUCAGCUGCCAGUGACGGGUCUCCCCACAUACAGAACACUGUAAGGUGGUGGAGGCGGGACCCCAGGACCAGAUCGAAAGGGCAGUGAAGUACUGCGGGGAUUCAACUGGCCACGUUUCUGUCCCUGACUCGGCUUUUGGGCCUUGUGCCUGCAGUUCUUUUGGGUACGCCUGAGACACCCACAAUUAUAACAAGUUACGUUACCUUUUGCUGUUACCACAGAAACGCAAGUAGACUUGCUUUUUAUAUUUUUAGUUUGUCUGGCUUUGCAUUUAGAGGCCCAGAUACAGGUACACAUACACGGGGGGGGAGAGAGAGCUCAGUGGUUUGAGCAUUGGCCUGCUAAACCCAGGGUUGUGAGUCCAAUCCUUGAGGGGGACACUUAGGGAUCUGGGGCAAAAAUGUGUCUGGGGAUUGGUUGUGCUUUGAGCAGGGGGUUGGACUAGAUCUCCUGAGGUCCCUUCCAACCCUGAUAUUCUAUGAUAAUUAGAGCCUGGGUUCACUCCCAAGUUAAGGGCUGUUUGCAGGUGGGAGUUAAAACCUUCCUUUAACAUUUUUAGAAAUGCCUGAUCAGUUUUCUUUGGAUUGGCAAGUGAGAUCUUUCAGUAAGCCCCUCGUUUCCUCUGUGCUGAGGGGAGUGUACUUAUAAGUUUUAUGAGCCAUUCUGUUAUCUGCCCGCCCUGGUCACCGGGUGGUUACUUGGAGAGGAGCCAGGGGAGCGCUGGCAUUUAAGUCUAGGUUAAAAAGGAGGGGGGCGGGGGGGAGGAGGCCAAUUAUCCCAGUUUUCCCCCUGUGUGUGCCAGGUUCCAAUCCUGGAUUUGUUUUUUAAGGUGUUUCCAAUUGAUUUCAUUUUGGUCUUUAUCAGUAUUGCUGCCUGAACUAGUCAGUAAAAUUACCCUUUUGUUGUAUGCUAGCAGCAAUCCGGCGGGCAGAGGAGCUGCUUUCUUUUCAGAGUACUGUUUUCUGCUUGAAGUUCAGUUAAUUUAUGGUUUAAAUUUGUUUUUUGGUUCA